AUGUUGCCAACGCGGUUUUCCUCUGUGCGGCAAAAAAACCGCCUUCACACAGGAUUGCCCUCCUUUCGCGACGACACAAGCCUCGUGGGCUUUCGAUAUGAAAAGACCAAGCCUGCCGAGCCUCCUGUCCCGUUACCUCCGUCAAGGAAUCCCCUGCGCACGCCGAGCUUACUCAGUGUCGCAAGAUCGAAUACCACGGCUACUAAUAAAACGCAAUCUACAUCCAGCUCGUCGGUCUCCUCCUUCUCAGUGAGCCCGGUGGUAGUCGCACCACCAACUGCGUUGGCUUAUAUGCCCAGUGUUGCACCACCAACCGAACAACACCCGGCAUUGCGAUCGCCGCUGCCUGCCAACGCACUGGGCAUACAGGAUGGAAAGCGGGAUUCUGGCCACGCCGCAACAGCAAAUUCUGACAGUGUGAUUCACGAAGAGGACUGUGAGGAUGACUAUGAGCAACAACAAUACUUGUCAGAAAAGAUGAACGAACUUGCGCGUGAAGGAGCCAUACCUGAAGCAAUGGAGCACAUUGAAUACAGGGAUGAGGACCGAGCGUUGGCGGUGGUGGACCGGGCUGCGGCUUCUGUGGCUGCAUUACAUGGCCCGCCGCCUGCAUCACCCACAGCAAACUCUCCUUCGUCACCUCAAUCAGACAUUCAAUCGCGGGUUUUUAAGCAGCCAGUGUCGCCUCGAAAGCUCGUCAAGAAGACCAGCACUCGCUUUUCUGUUUUUCGAGGCAGAAGCUCCAGCGAGGCGUCCGGCAGAGCUGAAGAAGCGUCGCCAAUGGAGUCGGAGCCGAAGCCCCUGAUGCGGGGCUCAAUCGCGACCCCAGCCUCCUCCAUGCACAAGCCAGGUCAGGACGACCACUUCUCUCAGCAAACGGCUCUGCCCCCGUCAGGAGGUUUGAAUGGAGCUUCCAACGACACUUGUUCUUUAUCCGCCUCCGCCAUCCCCGACCCGGACGCGCAGUUUGCUCCUCUUGCGAUUUCCAUUCCGACCGAUAGCUUGCUCGACGAUGCGUUCAUGACUGGCUUUUCUUUCUCAAAGCGCGGCAGUCUAAUGUUUGGUGGCAAACGCGCGACAAUGGCCACCGAUGGCGCAACCGACUUCUCACCAUCCACAACGGCGACCUUGGACCAUGGCAACACCAGCGAUACAGAAAUGCCUGACGCAUCGCUCGACCAGACCGUCCCAGAGGGAGUCGUCAAUGGGCGACCGAGCUCAACCGUGAGCGCCAUCGACACAGUCAAUCGCACCACAGCGGCGCAACCUCUCCCCGACAUUCGUAUCCUCUCCCCCGAUAUCGAAAAAGAAUCUCAAAAGGUGAGAUCUCUCUAUUCAACCAGCGAUGCCAUCAACUGGGAAGACGGCGCUAGGUUCUCCUUCUGUGAGCACUUGGAGCCUACUCCCGAGGUUCCCGCAGAGGAGGACCCCCAUGAUCCCGACCUCGUCCCCGCCGCGAAUCUUGGGCUAGCUUCCGCCGGGCCAAGGUCUGUAAGCUCUUUUUCCCAUUGUCCGGAUAACGCGCGACGCGAAACCGAGUUAGCCGGCGGUCUGGAAGACUGGGAAGAUGUCGACGGCGCAGAUGUAGACCGGUAUGGCUUCAUUGCACCCCGGCGGCCGUCCUCGAGGGUCGGCACCCCGACCGAACUCAAAUCGGCGCAAUUCUCUCCUAGAAGGCGAAAUGUGCUGCUUAAAAGGGAUCCCAUGGGCUUCUCGUCUCAACUGGGAGGCAGAACACCAAGCAGAAAGGUCUCAGCACGAUCUCUCAACACGGUUCGCUCAGAAGUAUCCGUCACAUCUCUGCGAUCUUCACGGUCCGUCAUACGCCAAGCAAGCAAUCUAUUACCUCACAACCGCAACCGCCGAUGGAUGGAUGAAGCAGGUGACAUGUUGACGGUAUCGCCAAACUUGCAAGACACAGUAGAAGAGGCGCAAGUGGAAAAGAUUUCCGAGACAAUCAAACGAAAGGAGUGGGAGCGAUCUGAAAAGUGGCGCAAGAUGGCAAAGGUUGUCAAACAAGGCUCGGAAGGCCAAGGCAUGGAGUUUGAAUUCGACGUUAAGAACCCCAAGCUUAUCGAGCGAACCUGGAAAGGUAUCCCGGAUCGAUGGCGAGGUGCGGCUUGGUGGUCAUUUCUUGAAUCAGCAGCCAAGGAGCACAACGCCGCCUCUACCGAGUUCAUCAUCAACUCUUUCCACAACCUGCAGGAGAGAAGCUCACCGGACGACGUUCAGAUUGACUUGGAUGUUCCCCGAACAAUCAGCAGGCACAUCAUGUUUCGCCGACGGUAUCGAGGAGGACAAAGGCUCUUGUUCAGAGUACUCCACGCUCUGUCGAUAUACUUUCCCGAGACUGGUUAUGUCCAGGGCAUGGCUUCGCUUGCCGCCACGUUACUGUGCUAUUUUGACGAAGAGAAGUGUUUUGUGAUGCUGGUGCGGAUGUGGUCGCUGCGAGGGCUUGACAGGCUGUACCGCCCUGGGUUUGAGGGUCUCAUGACUGCGCUUCGGGAGUUUGAUGGAGAUUGGCUGGCGAAGUCGGUUGCCGAGAAACUCACGGAACUAGGCAUCGACUCUACAGCAUACGGAACAAGAUGGUACCUCACACUAUUCAACUUGUCUAUUCCUUUCGGCGCUCAACUACGAGUAUGGGAUGUUUUUCUACUACUAGGCGAAGGCGUCGUCGAUUCUUCGCCAACGACAACCGCGGCAUCGACAUCAACACCACCAACUACAGCAAAGAGCGAGACGCCAGCACCGGCGAGCGGGCUAGACGUCCUGCACGCUACGAGCGCAGCAUUAAUCCAGGCACUUAGGGAAGUUCUCUUGGACUCUGAUUUUGAAAAUGCCAUGAAGGCAUUAACGUCAUGGAUACCGAUUAAAGACGAGGACCUGUUAAUGAAGGUGACCAAGGCGGAGUGGAAGACACACCAGGGCAAGAAGAAGACCUAG